GGCCCCGCCAUCGCGCGGCAACCGCGGCGGGUCCGGCGGAGUCCCGGAGGCCGGGAUAGCAAAGCCUGGCCGGGCCCCAAGUAUAAAAAGUGCAAGUGAAUUCUAAUUUAGAAGCCAAAAUGGAGGUCUUAAUGCCUGAACCUCAGAUUUAUGUGGAAAGAACUCUGGCUAUCAUCAAACCAGACAUCAUUGAUAAAGAAGAAGAAAUAGAGGAUCUCAUUCUCCGAUCAGGAUUCCAUAUCAUUCAGAAACGGAAGCUCCAAUUAAGCCCUGAGCAAUGUAGCAACUUCUACGCAGAACAAUUUGGAAAAGUGUUUUUUCCUAAUUUAACAGCCUAUAUGAGUUCUGGUCCUAUAGUUGCUAUGGUACUUGCUAGAAAUUGUGCAGUCUCAUACUGGAAGGAAUUGCUUGGACCAACCAACAGCCUAAGAGCUAGGAUAACUCACCCUCACAGCUUAAGAGCACUCUAUGGGACUGAUGAGCUGAGGAAUGGACUCCACGGCAGUCUCAACAUCUCCUCAGCAGAGAAAGAAAUUCGAUUCAUAUUUCCAGAAGCAAUCUUGGAGCCAGUUCCCACUGGACAAAGAGCUCGGGAUUACCUGAACCUGUAUGUGAAGCCCACGCUGCUGGCAGGACUCACUGCCCUGUGCAAAGAGAAGCCAGCAGACCCCAUGAUUUGGCUUGCUGACUGGCUGGUUGAACACAAUCCUAAUAAACCUAAACUACAAUAUCGCAUCUCUCAGUAAGAGCAUCGGCAGUGAGAGCUUGGUGGAAACCAUCUCACACAUUCCAAGUUACAGCUGUGUAUUGUCAUUUUUGGUGUGUCCUUUGACAAUAUAACCAAUACUAUCUAAAGUAAAUGCAUUUGUCUUAACUACUUGUGUCCUCAUAGGAUAAAUAACCUUAUACUUAACCAGGAUGUAGUGGUUCUAGUACUUCCUCUACUGACAAAGUGAAUGUACAAUUACACAAUAAAUUUUUGGCAUUGGGUGAUAAGAAAAAAAAAGAAUAUUCUGAGUGGGUGUGACUUAUUGCUCUUGUCCAUGUUUUUCUUGGUUUGGCUCUGUAAACAAAAUCAUUUACAGCAGUGUGGAUUAUCAAAUUAAAUCCCCCUGGCCUGUGCUUUGCGAAGCCAAGGGUUGUGUUCCAAUUUUUUAGCAUAAACUCUAAAUGAAGGGAGGUACUUGGAUAUAAUGUAGAAAACAAUUACUGGAGGCAUAUUAGCAACUUUGGAAUUUUAAUUGCUAAUUAAAUCACCCAGCUAAGGUUGUUCUUGAAGAUGAUUCACUUAAGUCUGAUGUAUUUUGUCAGAAUAUAAUUUGAAGGACUCAUUUGAAGGUACAUUCAAUGCACCUUUCCCAUCUUGGUGGCAAAAAGCUCAGUGACUAUAAAUAACAUGAAGAUGUAUUUUAGUCAAGGACUAAGGUUGUCUUCCAACAUAUGUUUGCAAUAAAGGUGCUUAGUUGGAACA